AUGAUGUUCUGUCACCGUCUAGGCGAAUACAAGAAGGACGAGCUGCUGGAGGCGGCACGGAGCGGAAAUGAGGAGAAGCUAAUGGCGUUGCUCACGCCACUCAACGUCAACUGCCACGCCAGCGACGGUCGCAAGUCCACUCCACUCCACCUGGCAGCAGGAUACAACAGAGUGAGGAUAGUGCAGCUGUUGCUGCAGCACGGAGCGGACGUUCACGCCAAGGACAAAGGUGGUCUGGUGCCUCUACACAACGCCUGCUCCUACGGACACUAUGAAGUCACUGAGCUGCUGCUAAAGCACGGGGCCUGCGUCAACGCCAUGGACCUGUGGCAGUUCACCCCCCUUCACGAAGCGGCCUCCAAAAACCGGGUGGAGGUCUGCUCCCUGCUGCUGAGCCACGGGGCCGACCCCACCCUGCUCAACUGCCACAGCAAGAGCUCCGUGGACAUGGCGCCCACGCCCGAGCUGAAGGAGAGGCUCACAUAUGAGUUCAAGGGCCACUCGCUGCUUCAAGCAGCCCGAGAAGCCGACAUAGCCAAGGCUAAGAAGAGCCUGGCUCUGGAGAUCAUUAACUUCAAACACCCUCACACGCACGAAACGGCUCUGCACUGCGCGGUGGCAUCGCCUCACCCCAAAAGGAAACAGGUCACGGAGCUGCUGUUGAGGAAAGGUGCCAACGUCAAUGAGAAGAAUAAAGACUUUAUGACUCCUCUCCACGUGGCAGCAGAACGGGCUCAUAAUGACAUAAUGGAGGUGCUGCAGAAGCAUGGGGCAAAGGUGAACGCUCUGGACACGCUGGGUCAGACGGCGCUGCACCGCGCGGCUCUGGCAGGCCACCUCCAGACCUGCCGGCUGUUGCUAGGAUACGGGGCAGACGCCUCGCUGGUGUCGCUGCAGGGCUUCACCGCCGCUCAGAUGGGAAAUGAAGCUGUUCAGCAAAUACUCAACGAGAACGUCCCCGUGAGAAACUCUGACGUGGACUACAGACUCCUGGAAGCUGCCAAAGCCGGAGACCUGGACACCGUUAAGUCAUUGUCUACCGCUCAGAAUGUGAACUGCAGAGAUCUGGAGGGGCGGCACUCCACUCCUCUUCACUUUGCUGCCGGCUACAACCGGGUGUCGGUGGUGGAGUACCUGCUGCACCACGGGGCCGACGUGCACGCCAAGGACAAAGGGGGCCUGGUCCCGCUCCACAACGCCUGCUCCUACGGCCACUACGAGGUGGCCGAGCUGCUGGUCAGACACGGAGCCUCGGUCAACGUGGCCGACCUGUGGAAGUUCACGCCGCUCCACGAAGCCGCCGCAAAGGGCAAAUAUGAGAUCUGCAAGCUGCUGCUGAAGCACGGAGCAGACCCCACCAAGAAGAACCGGGACGGGAACACGCCCCUGGACCUGGUGAAGGACGGGGACACCGACAUCCAGGACCUGCUGCGGGGAGACGCCGCCCUGCUGGACGCCGCCAAGAAGGGCUGCCUGGCCCGGGUGCAGAAGCUGUGCAGCCCCGACAAUAUCAACUGCAGGGACACGCAGGGCCGCAACUCCACGCCGCUGCACCUGGCCGCUGGCUACAACAACUUGGAGGUGGCGGAGUACCUGCUGGAGCACGGAGCCGACGUGAACGCGCAGGACAAAGGAGGCCUGAUACCUUUACACAACGCCGCCUCCUACGGACACGUGGACAUCGCCGCCCUGCUGAUCAAGUACAACACCUGCGUCAACGCCACCGACAAGUGGGCCUUCACGCCGCUGCACGAGGCGGCGCAGAAGGGCCGCACGCAGCUGUGCGCCCUGCUGCUGGCCCACGGAGCCGACCCCACCAUGAAGAACCAGGAGGGGCAGACGCCGCUGGACCUGGCCACGGCCGAUGACAUCAGGGCGCUGCUGAUUGACGCCAUGCCACCAGACGCGCUGCCCAGCUGCCUUAAACCACAGGCCACCGUGCUGAGCGCCGGCGUGGUGAGCGCGGGCGCAGCGGGGGGCGUGGUCAUCUCGCCCUCCCCGUCUCCGUCCUGCCUGUCGGCGGCCAGCAGCAUCGACAACCUGACCACGCCCCUCGGCGACAUCACGGUGGCGGGGGCCACCGGCUCCGGCGACGGAGCGUCCGGGUCGGACAGGAAGGAGGGCGAAACGCUUCUGGACAUGACCAUCAACCAGUUCCUGAAGAGCCUGGGGCUCGAGCACCUCCGAGAUAUCUUCCAGCGAGAGCAGAUUUCACUGGAUGUGCUGGCAGACAUGGGUCACGAGGAGCUGAAGGAGAUCGGCAUCAACGCCUACGGGCACAGACACAAACUCAUCAAGGGCAUUGAGAGGCUGCUGGGUGGCCAGCAGGGUGCCAACCCAUACCUGACGUUCCACUGCUCCAGCCAGGGCACUCUACAAAGCACCAUCAGAGAGCACCGCGACGGAGGCAACGCAGGCGGAGUCUUCAGCCGGUACAACAUCAUCAAGAUUCAGAAGGUGGUGAAUAAGAAGCUACGGGAGAGAUACGCACACCGGCAGAAGGAGAUCGCAGAUGAGAAUCACAACCACCACAACGAACGCAUGCUCUUUCAUGGUUCCCCCUUCAUCAACGCCAUCAUCCAUAAGGGCUUCGACGAACGCCACGCCUACAUCGGCGGCAUGUUUGGCGCCGGCAUCUACUUUGCGGAGAACUCCUCCAAAAGCAACCAGUACGUGUACGGGAUAGGCGGGGGCACGGGCUGCCCCACCCAUAAAGACCGCUCCUGCUACGUGUGCCACAGACAGAUGCUGUUCUGCAGGGUGACGCUCGGAAAGUCAUUCCUUCAGUUCAGCGCCAUGAAGAUGGCCCACGCCCCCCCCGGGCACCACUCUGUCAUAGGGCGCCCCAGCGUCAACGGCCUGGCGUAUGCGGAGUACGUCAUCUACAGAGGGGAGCAGGCUUACCCAGAAUACUUGAUCACCUACCAGAUUGUGAAGCCGGAGAGUGUGGCGCCGCCUGCUGCCACCGCUGAGCAGAAGUCCUAA